AUGGAGUACGGCAACAACGUAUUCAUCCACUGCAAGGCGGGCAGAGGUAGAAGCGGUGCCGUUGCAAUCUGCUGGGUUGCCUAUCACCACCGACUCUCACUGGAGGCAGCUCAACAAUAUCUGCUGGAACGCAGAAGUAAAGUAAGAAAAACACUAUACAAGCAAAAGAAUGUAAAUGCUUUCUAUUCAAAGUAUUGUUUAAAUAGAUCACCAUUAUAA